CAGCGACACUACCAGAAGUGGUGAGCUGGCUUAGUCUAUGAGUCUAUCUGUUUCAUAGUUGUGUUGUCCCACGAAUAACCCCAUCAUGACCAAGCUGCUCGAGUGGCUGUUUGGGGUGUCCCUGAUCGGCGUUGCCUGGGGACUGGUGACCUUUGACCUGCUGGACCUGAGGUUGCCACCAGUGUACCGGGAGGUGGCGUGGCCGAUGCCAGUGUACCUGCUGGUGGCCUUUGGCUGCUACUCACUGGCCACAGUGGGCUACCGGGUGGCAACUUUCAACGACUGCGAGGACGCUGCCAAGGAGCUCCAGGCACAAAUCCAGGAAGCCAAAGAGGACCUGAGGAAGAAAGGAUUAAAAAUGUGAGACGACAGACUCUUGAGACCGUGAUGCACGUACACACUGACUGACUCACUCACUCAGGCAUGCACUUACUCAUAUAACACACACACACAAAUACACACACACACACACACAGUUCAUAAGAAGAUUUUUGUCUCAUGAAUACACACACGGCGCAGUCACCACAUGGACAUAAUUUGCUAAGAGACAUUCAUGUGUUUGCCAGCAUCAGUUUCAUGAACAUUUUUUAUAAGUCCUGGCACAGCAAUAUAGAAAAAAUCAUGAGCUACGGAGAUUUGUGAGAUCGUUACUUAUUAUGCUGCGGCUGCGAUAACGAGACUGUCCGCUGUCCAAAAUAUGUGUCCGUCUCAGCUACUCGUGACCACCCCUUUUCUAGGAGUGCUGUGGGCGGGCAAUGAGAGACACUCGUACGCCGCUAACGCGACGGACUGUUAUCAGACAGAAAGCACUCGCCCUCCAGCCAAGUCCCGCGCACUAGUUCAGGGCAUGAAUAUUAAGCUGAAGCUGGGAGGAGAUGUGUGGGUGGGGUGAGCUGGCCUCUCUGGAGGGCUUACACAUCUUAUUAAGUCAAAUAGCUGUGUGGUUAUGCUAAUGAGGGCCGAGUGUAAGGUUACUCUGGAAUUAGACUUUCUGAUGUGGCCCAACGGAGCUGUUGUCCUCCGCGGCUUCAGCGGUGCUCGGGACGGAGUCCGCAUUCCGCAUGUGUCCGAGAGUUUCACUCUUGCUCACUGUCUCUCUUUUGCUCUCUGUCUCUCUCUCUCUCUGUCUCUCUCUCUUUCUCUCUCUCUCUCUUUCUCUCUCUCCCUCUCCCUGGCAUAGUGGGUAGCUGUUGCUCUGUGAUUAAAAGCUCCCUGUUGAAAA